GGUUUUUCGGAAAUAUGAGAGUUCAAUGAUUAUUAAUGGUUAUGAUUGAUUAUUGAUUCAUGUUGAUUGUUUAUGACAAUAAAAAAAAUCCAAAUUCAACAAUUUAAAGCGUUAAUUACUUUAUUCUUAGUCUAGAGCAGCUAAUUUUAUUAAAACCAACUCAAAAUUAAAAUAAUAAUCAACUUUACCCGCGCUCGGGUAACCUUGGUUGCAAAAUUUUCUAUUUGUGUUAAAAACUCAUGCUUUAUGUUUUGUUCCGUUGUGCAUUAUAAGGUCUAAUUUUACUUGAUCUUUUGUUUAAAUUUAAUCAAAUUACCAGCAAUUGUUCUUGCAUAUUUAUCGACGAUUCUGUUUUGUAUGUGCGCUGGUUAAAUCAAUUUUGUUCAACUUGGCGAAUCUGUUUAAGCUCUGUCCAGUUUUCUACUCAUUAUUGUGCUUCUCUUAGGCUUUUCAAUAUGAGGCUCAUUAACUUUGUUGAAUUUAGUCGUAAAAUUGUUGGUGUUGGACGUAAUUAUCUUGGCCAUGUUAAAGAGAUGAAAUAUGCCGGAAAGCCGGAAAGUCCUGUUAUUUUUCUCAAGCCUCCAACAAGUUUCGUAGUCAAUGGAUCAUCAAUUAAAUAUCCAAAGGAAUGUUCAGAUUUACAGCAUGAAGUCGAAUUAGCUGUUAUCAUUGGGUUCAAAGGAAGUGAUAUUGCAGAAAACACUGCUUGGGAUCAUGUCGGUGGAUAUACCAUUGCCCUUGAUAUGACAGCCAGAGAUUGGCAAGCAAAAGCAAAAGAACAAGGUAUGCCCUGGUCUCGAGCAAAAGGCUCUGAUACCUUUUGUCCAGUAGGCACUUUUAUCCCAAAAGAAAAGAUUCCAGAUAUCGAAAAUCAACGAAUUUGGUGUUCAGUUAAUGGACAAAUGAGACAAGAUGGUAACACAAAAGACAUGAUUUUCAAAAUACCGUAUAUUAUUAGUCACAUAAGCUCAUUUUUCACCCUGGAACCUGGAGAUGUUAUUCUAACAGGAUCACCUGCAGGAACUGGUUCUGUAAAACCUGGUGAUAAAAUCGAGAUUGGUUUGGGUGAUCUGAUUAAAGCUAAUUUCUCUGUUAUUGCUAAAUAAGCAUUUCAAUUACAUGGUAUUUUGUCUAGAAUGAUUUUAUUCAUAUUAUUAAUCCUUCCUCCUUCAUUUUUCCCUUACCCGCUGUUCCUUCUUUUUCUAAAUCAUUUAUAACAAAAGCAAAAUCAAUUAUAAAACUGUUUAAACCAAAAGCUAAAUAUUAUAAAUCUAAUGUGUCCUACAGUAAACUGAUACAAAUGUUAGUUAUUUGUUUUUCAAUUUAUUAAAUCAAUUCUUUGAUAUUAUUUUUCUGAAAAUACAAAAUAAAAUCAUUUGAAUUGAUGGAAUAAACUUGACAUUAAAUAUUCAA